AUGGAGUGGACCAGAGGGCGCACCAUAGGCCACGGCGCAACUGCUACCGUGUCGAUAGCCACUUCUGGGUUGGGUGACGUAUUUGCUGUCAAAUCGGCAUAUUUAUCGAAAUCCGAGUUCUUACAAAGGGAGCAAAAGAUAUUGUCCACUUUGAAUAGUCCUUUCAUAGUUGAGUACAUAGGGUAUGGCAUUACUCGACACAACAAUACAAUCAUGUUCGAUUUGAUGAUGGAAUAUGUUCGUUAUGGUACGCUUGUGGACGUCAUUCACAAGUGUGGCGGCUGGCUUGAUGAAUUCUUGAUCAGUCACUACACACGCCAAAUUGUUCAAGGAUUGGAAUAUCUCCAUUCAACUGGUAUAGUGCAUUGUGAUAUCAAGGGGAGAAACAUUUUGAUAGGAGAAGAUGGUGUCAAAAUUUCAGAUUUUGGUUGUGCCAAGAGGAUAAAAAAUCCAGUGGAAGGUAUAAAGGAUGAUGGAGAAGCAUCAAUAGGAGGCACACCGGCGUUCAUGGCACCAGAAGUUGCAAGAGGGGUGGAGCAGGGAUUUCCAGCUGAUAUUUGGGCAUUAGGAUGCACAAUUAUUGAAAUGGCCACAGGCGGUUUGCCUUGGCCUAAUCUUAGCCAUCCAUCAUCACUACUUUACCGAAUUGCGUUGUCGGAAGAGUUACCGGAGUUUCCAGCCUUCCUUUCGGACAAAGCAAAAGAUUUCUUGAGUAAGUGCUUAAGAAGGGAUCCAAAAGAGCGAUGGACGGCUAAACAACUUGUUAAACAUCCAUUUCUUGAGGAAUUAUCCAAUAUGAAGAAAGUAACAAAUGAUACAGCCGGCUCGCCAACAAGUAUUCUUGAUCAAGGCAUUUGGAGCUUCAUAGAUGAAUCAGAAACCUCAUACAAUCAGAGUCCAACAGAUAGUACCUUAAAUUCUCCAAGCCAAAGGUUGAAGCAGUUGUCGAUGAGUUCAGGAUUAAUGGUUAACUGGAAUUGGGAAUACAGUUGGGUAACAGUUAGAGACAGUGAAGAUAACAUUAUUAGGCCAGUUCAAUGA